UGGUCUGAAGUAGCCUGUACAGUAUAUCUUCUACUCGAAGUAGGCUUUGUGAACACAGCUAUUGGACUAACUUUUGCUGGAAGCUUGCGAUAUGAAACUGAGCACUUGCGUGGCGGCUACCUCGCUUCUCCUUGGUCUUGUUUUUGGUUUGAUCAUCGACAAAAAUACUUUUUAUCACGACCCAGUCAUACACAAUCUUGAAUUUCUAAGAAUUAAUAGAGAUGUUUUUGUUUCGUAUAUCAACGUUUCUGAUUUAUCUUUGAGUGAAAGUUUCCAGAAUUAUGGUGAUUUCUAUUUCACAAAUGCUCUUGAAGAGAAAACUUUCAUGAAAUUUGCGGGACUGUACUUCCAUACUGAAAACAUAUUUGCCUUCGACGCCCUGAGAGCUCAAAACAGUUUUUUUCAAGCUGAAGUCACUGUUUUAACGAACAGUGGUCAAAUGUUUGUGGGGAUUUCUGGUGAAUCCCUGGAGUCCAAAAUCGACAUUGUCUCUACACAACUGUGGGAAAAUAGUGUUUCGAUGGUUCUCCAGGGAUCGCUGCAAUAUCACCUUCCUCCAUUGACCCUCGGAAACCUUGAUGAAAACAGAGAAUUCAGUAUUGUAAAUACGGGCUCAAUUUGUUACUAUGGUCUUCAGUUGAAGUCAAUUACUAGCGCGACAGGGUUUGGCUGUAUCUUUGUCGGUGAAAAGUCACAGUUUCGCUUGGAAAUUGUGCUGCGCACAAACUUAAGGGAUCAAACAAUCUACUUGGAUUCACCUGACUCAAAGUUGUAUAUUGAGAUGCUUGAAAAUCCUGAUCAGACCCUAGUCAGAGUUUUAGGCUUCCAAGACAAUAUUAUUUUUCGUGGUAGCACUGAGGUUAGAAUAGGUGCAUUUACUCCUAGUUUAGGUCUAUGGCUAAUUUACCGCGAUGGUGUGAGAAUACUGCUUGUUCUUGGUCAGGGCUAUAAUGAGCUAUAUUUGAAAUGGGAUGCGUUCGAGAACGGUUAUGUUUUGAAGAACAAAUACAAACCCCCACGUCAAAUUGUACCCCUGAAUUGCAAUUGUCCAAAUAGCUUUCCUGUUGCCCCCGUUGAACCCUCUUCCUCAUCAACAUCAAGCACCUUUUCCAGUGAGUCUUUUGCAAGCACGUCGGCGUCUGUGGCCUCAACUGAUUUGCCCCUGUCAUCGACUUCUGCGACACCCUCGGCUCUGUCGUCAAUUUCUUCGACUGAUUCGAUUAUGUCGUCUUCUGGGUCCUCAGAUUAUCCUGUAUCGUCAAUUUCCUCAAAGGCAUCGUCAAUGAGCUCAGCUUCACAGACAUCUCCAGCUCUGUCGUCAGUCCCACACUUGUCAUCUGUUUCUUCGACAGAUUCGCAUGUAUCGUCAGAAUCCUCAACCAGCUCCGCGACGUCAUCAGAAUCUUUUUCACAUUCAGCUGCAUCGCUGGCAAUGACAUCCGCUUCGUCUUUGUCCUCGGCUAAACCUGUCUCAUCAGGUGCCUCAGGUU